GAAGAUGGGUAGACUAGUAGAGUAUAUACUGUUACUUCUAUCAGUUGUACUAGUAGUAUCUACAUUGACUGGAUCUACUAACAAUUACUACAAUGAACCUACUGGAAAUGAAGGAUUCACAGAUUGUUCUCUUACUAAGAAAUUUGCCCAAUUCUUUAAUGUAUCAUUAACUUCAUAUACAUUGAAAAGAGGAGAUAGCAUUCACUGGAAUGCAGAUCUACAGAUUAAGAGGACUAUAAAAUGGGGUAUACUGCAUUUCACAAUGACACACAAAUUCAAGAAUUAUACUAAUAUUACUUUUCUUGAUGAUAAAUUUAAUUUAUGCGAUUUCUUUGUGGAUUUAAUCAAUAAACACUGCCCAAUACAACCAGGAAUGUAUCAUUUAAAUUACAGUGCCCAAAUCCCCAACCUCUUAUGGCCAGGUAGGUAUUAUGCCAAAGGUACUGUGUACAAUAAAAAAGGAGAGGAAAUGAUGUGUCAAAUGACAGAAUUAACCAUCAAAUAA